AUGGGUAGCAGCUGUGCUAGAAUCGUGGUCAUGGUUGCGAAGGCAGUCGUUCAACCAAUGCCUUGCUUGAUCAAGAUUCGAAGCGGCCUUGAUGCAUCUGCCCGAGACAUGUUUGGCGGUGGCGGGUACGCUGCCUGUGUCGACAAUCAGCCCCUAUCACCUCUUCCCAUUGCCCACUGGAACAAUUCCUGGCCUUCAGUGGUAAAAACAGGCAAUCUAAGACACAGUCGGCUCUCACGCUGGACAGUCAGUCUGUCGAUACUGUCGGCUGGGCGAGAACCACGCUCACUAAGAACACUCUUGUUGUGGAUGAUGAAGUCUCGUGUGCCAGACUUCAGCCUAGGAUUGGAAGCUAUUAUCUUGCAGAAUUCACAAUUCGAGCUGUUCCUAUCCACCGAAGCUCGGGGUCUCGAGAUCGAGUAG